AUGGCCGUGGGCUCCGUGAAGAUGCCGUCGCCGUGUGAGAGCGCGGAGCUGGCCCGAAGCUGGAGCCCCGGCGGCGGAGCCCAGGAGCCGCCGCCGCCGGUGCAGCUGCGGCAGAAGCUGCGGGAGCUGCCGGCGCUGCUGCGGAGCGGACUGACGCUGCGGAGGAAAAGCGCGGCCGCCGCCGGCCGGACCCUGUCCAGAAGAAUUUCAAAUCCAUAUUUGGAAACUUCUGCAAAUAAGAUUUAUGGAGAAAGUUCUUCCUGUGCUGGGAGAGCUCUCAGGAAUAUUUUUACUCUACAAGCUUCUGACCUGAUUAAAGACAGGGUGUACCUUACUGGCAUUUGCAGGAGAAGUUGUGUUGGAUCAGAACUCGUAGACUGGCUUUUGGAGCAGUGCCCUUUUGUCAAGUGCAGAUCUACAGCAGUUGGAGUGUGGCAGCUCCUCCUGGAUAUGGGCAUUAUAUUGUCAGUGGACAGACAACUCUAUUUUCAAGACAGUCAUACUUUUUACCAGUUCUCAGCGGACGAAUGCACCUACCUUUUCUGUGAAUUUGAGAAAGAGGAAGCAUGGAAGAAUGGAGUAAAGCUCCUGCUUCAACUGCUGCCACUGUCUCCUCCCAGGAUUGACAUGUGCAAUCUGCCUGAUCAAAAAAUAGAAGAUACAGCAGAAACCAAUGCUGAAAUUCUUGCUCGUCUCACUUCUGCGGUACAGAGAGAACUGGCUGCUGUCAUUGCCUUGAAAGCAAGGAAGUCAGCAAUUCAUCAAAAUGAAGAAAACAGCAGUCAAGAAAUAAAAGGACUGGAAGAGCUCAAGGAUACUUCUGAUGCACAGGCAGGAGUUUUAUGCAAACUUCAGGGAAGAGAUGACAUCGGACGGAUUGAGCUGGUCCAAAAGCUGGCAAGAGAGAACUGCCAGUUUUUGCAGGCGGAUAGAAAAGCGCUGGAGAAAGCAGAGCAAGUGGACGAUGGAGGCAGCGGCGAGCGGGCGCGGGAGGCGGCCGGCGCGGCGCUGGUGCUGCGGAAGGUGUGGUCACGCAGCCCGGCCCCCGAGCGGCGCGGGAGAUACGUGGUGGUGUCGGGGACGCCGGAGAAGAUUUUGGAGCAUCUCCUCAGUGACCUGCACCUGGAAGCCGCCCAGGACAAAGAGACGGAAACUCUCCUGGAUGAUUUCCUUCUCACAUACACGGUUUUCAUGACGACUGAUGACUUGUGCCAGGCACUCCUGAGGCACUAUUGUGCUAAGAACCACCAAGGGAAAGAAGAUGACUCUGAUGUGUCCUGUAGGAAAAGAAAAGUCUUACACUUGGUCUCUCAGUGGACUUCUCUCUACAAAGACUGGUUACACGAAGAUGAGCAUUUAAAACAAUUUUUAAAGACAAUAUACAGAAAUGUCUUAGAUGAUGUGUAUGAGUAUCCCAUUCUUGAGAAGGACCUGAAAGAAUUUCAGAAGAUACUCGGGAUGCAUCGCCGUCACACUGUAGAUGAGUAUUCACCUCAUCGAAAGAAUAAAACCUUUUUCCACCAGUUCAGUGUAAAAGAGAACUGGCUGCAGCACAGAGGAACAAUGAAUGAAACAGAAGAAAUUUUCUGCCGUGUGUAUAUAACAGAGCACUCCUAUGUCAGUGUGAAAGCUCAAGUGUCAACUUCAGCUCAGGAGAUCCUGAAGAUCGUGGCAGAAAAGAUCCAAUACCCGGAGGAGGAGUUGGCACUGGUGACAGUCUCAUUCUCUGGUGAAAAACAUGAGCUACAACCAAAUGAUUUGGCUAUCUCAAAAUCUUUGGAGUCAUCCAGUCGUAUGUUUGUAUACCGAAAAGAUCUGACCGAUUCUUUGAACCCAUUUUCUGAAAAUGAGGACUUGCAGCAAAGAUCUGUGAGGAUUUUGGGAAUUAACACCUGGGAUCUUGCCUUAGAACUAACAAACUUUGACUGGAGCCUCUUCAAUGCAAUUCACGAGCAAGAGCUGAUAUACUUCACGUUCAGCAGACAGGGCAGUGCUGAAAACACUGAGAAUCUCAGUCUUCUGCUUCAAAGAUGCAACGAGGUCCAGCUUUGGGUCGCCACCGAGAUACUCCUCUGUGGCCAGCUCUGCAAACGUGUACAGCUAGUGAAAAAGUUCAUCAAGAUUGCUGCCCACUGUAAAGCCCAAAGAAAUCUGAAUUCAUUCUUUGCAAUUGUUAUGGGUCUCAACACUGCAUCUGUCAGCCGGCUGUCUCAGACCUGGGAGAAAAUUCCUGGGAAGUUCAAGAAACUUUUCACCGAACUUGAAAGUUUGACGGAUCCUUCUCUGAAUCACAAAGCUUACAGAGAUGCAUUCAAGAAAAUGAAAUCUCCGAAAAUCCCCUUCAUGCCCUUACUUCUGAAAGAUGUAACAUUUAUCCAUGAAGGAAAUAAAACGUUUCUGGAUAACCUUGUUAAUUUCGAAAAGCUGCACAUGAUUGCAGAUACUGUUCGGUCAUUGAGACAUUGCAGAAAUAACCAAUUUGGCAAUGAAGUUCCUUCGAAAGAGCAUCACGAGCUGAAGCCAUACGUCCACCACCUGCAUGUCAUAGACAACCAGCAGGCUCUGUUUGAGCUCUCCCACAGGAUAGAGCCACGAGCGUGAGCGUACACAGCUUCGUAUAACCUUGUAACUGCAGCACUUUGAAUUAAGUGAAUGUUGAUGCCAAGCAUGUUGCUUCCCUAUAUGAGAACGGUUUACUGAGUUUUAUCAGUAGCUCACACAACAUGUGCACGAAAAUCAGGCGAGAGCCCGCAAAGGAGCUGCUCACGGAGUUGCAAGGCAAGCUUGGUGCCAUUCCCACUGGUCUCUGGGCAACCUGAGGGAGUGGAGCAGUGUCCUUUUGAGCUCAGGAGCUUGGUUUCUGUGAAAAUAUUGUUUGGUCCAGUGCAGCUUUCAAUGCAGAUUCUGCCAGUAUUAGAAAGAAAGGAAUCAUCGUGUCACAGCAGCAAAACAUUUCAGCAACAUGCCGCAAGGGGAUGGAUUCCCAGUUCACCACAGUAUGUACCUCACUAAUUCAAGGCUGCCAAAAGUAUUGUUGCCAAAAAUAAUGUGCAAUCUGUGCAGCUCCCAUGAGUCCACUGGAGCAUAGUAUUUGAGAUGUGUGAGCAACCUAUAACAGGAAUAUAGCAAGGCAGUGCAACCAAAUGAAACUCAAGAGUCUGUUGUGAUGUGGAGGUCAGCAGUAAACAGUUCAGCCUGUUAUGACUCCUUUAAGAGUAUGCUUUAUAAAACAUGCUGUAAGAGCCAAUCCACUUCUGUUGAAAUUUAUGGACACAAUUGUUUGUAUACUGAAAACAUGUUAUUUUCUUCCUUUUCAGUUAUCUCAGAUUUAGCACUGGCUCCUGCAGUUAAUGUGUCAUAAAUUAUUGUAGCAGGAGCUUUAUUUUCUGAUUGGGUUACAGCCUGUUUGGUAUCUAUUCAUAGGCAAAUACCUAGAUCCAUCUACAUUUCUAAUUCCUCCCACUGGAAAUAACAUUUCAGUAAGUAUAACUUCACCUAACUUGCACGUGCUUCCAGUUUUUAAAGAACAGAAAGGUGCCCCAUACAGGAUCCCACCGUACUUACCUGCAUACACACCAGGCUCUCAGCAUCCGGGUCCCUUCACUGCUCUUGUCCCUUUCACAGCUCUCCCCGUGACAAUUCUCAUGUAGUUAAAAGUACUGCAUCUAGCCCUGAGCUGAGGCAGCGUUUCUGAAGUCAUGUCUACAGCUGACCUGCAUCUCAAGCACCACCAUCACCUGGUUUCCCGUGCUAAGAAGUUGCCCUGAGAUGAUCCAGUGGAUGCCACAGGCGAUGUGCAGGGUGCUCUUUGGCAUGUGUUUGUGCACUGACUCACGGUGACGGUCCCUUUACAGAGCAGGGAGGAUACAUUGCAUUGCUUACCCAUUUCUGUUCUAUGUUUUCUACACCAGGAGGACUUCCAAGAAAAUGCUCCUUUACUAAAAUGUGGGAAUACUGAAGUAGCAUGCUAUUCAUUGUUAUCUCUGGUUUAAAGGGAUUUAAAAAAAAAAGCAGCUUUAACAAGUAGUCUGUGGGGGAAUCUGUAGAAUGCAUUCAGUUUUCCCAUCUGUGAAAUAUUGUAUAGAUCUAUUGUAAAGGAAACAGAUGUUUCAGAAAUGUAUUUGCUUGUACUUUGUUAUUAUCAAAUAUUAUAUGAUUUUUUUUAAGAAAAAAAAA